UAUAAAGACCACAGCACGCACUAAUUAGAUACAUAUAUUAGCUGUCCUGGUAAAAUAAAAGUCCCCUUCCUUCCUUUCACUUUUCUUUCUUCGAUUAUUCCAAAACUCUCCCCUUGUCGAUCUUCGAUUAAAAAAUCCCACUCCAAUUUCAUCUCAAAUCAUUACCUUUUCUUUUUAAAAUUUUAGCUAAAUCGUUUCAUUGACGAAGAGACAACAAAAAGGAAAAAAUCUAUAGUAAUAUGGCUCAAGCAGUUGAGGAAUGGUACAAGCAGAUGCCUAUUAUAACCCGCUCGUAUCUCACAGCUGCUAUUGUCACCACAAUCGGUUGUUCCCUUGAAAUAAUAUCUCCUCAUAAUCUUUACUUGCAUCCUACGCUGGUGGUUAAGAAUUAUCAGUUCUGGCGUCUCAUCACCAACUUCUUAUACUUCCGGAAAAUGGACCUGGACUUUAUGUUCCACAUGUUCUUCCUUGCUCGAUACUGCAAACUUCUUGAAGAGAACUCUUUCAGGGGAAGAACUGCUGAUUUCUUUUACAUGCUCUUGUUUGGUGCCACUGUUUUGACUGGCAUUGUUCUUAUUGGUGGGAUGAUACCUUAUUUGUCAGAAUCUUUUGCAAAAAUCAUAUUCCUUAGCAACUCAUUGACAUUCAUGAUGGUUUAUGUCUGGAGCAAGCAAAAUCCUUUUAUCCACAUGAGCUUCCUGGGCCUCUUUACUUUUACAGCAGCUUACCUACCGUGGGUUCUUUUGGGAUUCUCUGUGCUUGUUGGUGCUAGUGCUUGGGUGGAUCUACUGGGAAUGAUAGCUGGUCAUGCCUACUAUUUUCUUGAGGAUGUAUAUCCACGAAUGACUGGUCGCAGGCCCCUGCGAACCCCAUCAUUUAUCAAAUCACUAUUUGCUGAUGAGACUGUUGUAGUGGCACGUCCAGCAAAUGUAAGAUUUGCUCCCCCGCCUGCAGAGGAAGUGCACCAAGAUUGAUGGGAUUGGAUUUCUGGUGACAUAGGCUAGUGAACGGUAGCUUUUGGUUUGAAUUUGUGUGCUCUUACUGGAGAGUGAAGAGGGAAGUCGGUACAGCACUUUGAUAUUGUCUAUCCUGACUUGUGGCAUCGUUUUAGAGGUUAACUAUGUAUAUGAUAAUUACUAUUACUGGAGCCAUGCAAAAGUUGGAUACGAGUUUUUGUAAUUUAAAUCAAGAAAGAAAGCUUCUAGCGGUCUAGAUGACAUGGCGGCUUUUUUGUGCUUAUGUUUCUGUCAAUGCAAAUAUACCAGCUAAGUAGUCAUUGAUGACUUCUGUUGCCUGGCUAAUGGGAGAUGUGUUGUAUCUUUUUUGCCCA